UUUCUAAUUUAUAUCCUCAUUCCUCACUCUCCCUCUCUCUCUCUCCCCAGUUUGGAAGUUUGCACAGUUGGGAAAAAGUUUCACAUCUUCAACAUCUCAAAUAAAUUUUCCUCAGCUACCAAGUAGAAACCAGGAAAAUUCGUCGGGGAAAAAUGGCGAAAAUGUGCAAGUUCGGAUCACUUGGGUGCAUCUCGUUACUUCUCUUCUGGGGAAGUUGUCUUCCCUUACCCAAUGAUCACUUUGAUCAUUGACGUCAGUUGAGGGGCUGCCAUAACCCAUUUCAACAAACUAUCUCCAUGUCUCAUUGUUCCAAUGAAGAUAUCAACCAAAUGAAAUCCUGAUUUAUGCGUGACUCUCGUCUCUCUGUCAAUCAGAAAAAGAUUGGUCCCAAAGCGAUGCACGCCAGGUGCUUGACGUGUUUUCUGACCGAUCUGCUUGGAUUAUCAUAUUUCCAACUUCUCAAAGGCAUUACAGAAGUAAAAAAGCACCACACUACAGUUUGGAAGAGGUAGCUCCCUAUGUAUAUCAGGCGAUUUGGUCGUCCAAGAAACUUACUCACCAGCCUCACCCCAAUGGUUCGUUACUUUGCCAACAAGCCUCACGUCAAUGAAGUCUCCCGUUACCUUCAACGGGCUAAACUCAUUGAUUCAAUUCGACUGGCUCUCCGGUCUAAUUCUCCGAGGUCCCUCAUCCCACUUUUAAAUGAUCCUGCUUUAGAUUCCUUUGUAGUCGCCAACGCACUCCGAUGUGCUCCCUCUCCGGAAUCUGCCCUCUCCCUAACCGAAACCCUACAAACUAUACCACAUUUCAGACAUACUCAAUAUACACUCUAUGCACUGGCCAUAAUCCUUUCCAAGUCUCAACAAAUUGCAAAACUUAAAGCCCUCAUUGAAGCCAUCAAUUCGGGGGAAUUCCCAAAUGUUGCACGUGUGAGCUUCAUGGAUUCCAUGCGGUGGUAUGCUGCUGCGGGAGAUCUUGACUUGGUUCUUAGUGUUUGGAAUGAGUGGAGAGCGUUGCAGAAACGUCCUUGUAUCGAAUCUUACAACAUUGUGUUGGGCCUUUAUGUGCGAAUGGGAAAGAACUCUGAGGCAACAAAGAUUUUCUCGAUGAUGAUUGAUGGCGGAGUAGUUCCUAAUUCUAGAACGUAUACAGUUAUGAUUGAGCAUCUUUUGAGCUCAGGACAACUAGAUUCAGCAAUGUGCAUUUUUAACGUAUUGCCUUCAAUGAGGAUCAAACGGACACUUAGGCAAUAUUCAGUUUUGGUGGGGGCAUUUACCAGUAAUGAACAAUUUGAUGUGGUUAAGAGUUUGUUGAACAAAAUGCUGAAUGAUGGGAUAUUUCCUGGUCACGCUAUGCAAUCUUCAUUGCAGCGGAUGCAGGAAGAAGGAUUUCUUGAGGAGACGGACAAGCUUAUUAAAGAAAUGUUACCAGAUGAAAGGAUCAAGAAUAUAGGAGUAUUCACAGAUGAGGAGGAGGAGGAGGAGGAGGAUCACAAUGAUGGUGAUUGUGAUGGUCGUGAAGUUAAAAGUUGCAUUGGUUAUGGUAAUGUGAACCCAGUUCGGUUAAAGUCGUGGUUAGACCCAGCAGCUUUGGUGAGUGCUUUGCAUAAUUGGACACAUGAGGAGGUAUCAGCAUUAGAAGAUGCAAAUAUUGUGUGGACAAGGCGAUUGGUUUGCAAGAUGAUCAGAAAUUUCAAGUCAGCUGAAACAGCAUGGCAGUUUUUCUGUUGGGCCGCUACUCAGCCAGGUUUUACUCACGACGUUUACACAGUAUCAGGGAUGAUUGGUAAGUUGGCACGGCGUGGUCAUGCUGAUUUAGUUAAUCAACUCAUGUCUAAGGUCAAAAGUGCGCAGAUGAAAUUGUCAUUCAACACAAUAAGAUUGGUUAUUGACUUCUAUGGAAUGUUUCGCAAUGGUCAUGCUGCUAUAAAGGUCUUUCGUGAUGUCAAAUCUCUAUGUGGUCCCAUGUCGAAAACCAAUCUCUUUCUUUUAUAUUCAUCCCUUUUGUGCACAUUGGCCAAGUGUAACAUGAAUUCCGAUGCCCUAGAUACACUUGAUGAGAUGAUAUUGGGAGGUAUUCUACCAGAUAUCCAAACAUUUUCUGGAUUGAUGCAUCAUUUUGCACUUCAGGGAGAUAUUAAAGUGGUGCAGAGACUCUUUGGAAUGGUCAAGCAGAGUGGUAUAGAGCCUGACGCUUAUAUGUUUAGAAUACUUAUCCAUGCUUUCUGCAAGUGUGGCAGAGCUGUUCUUGCAUUGAGGUUUUUUGAAGAAAUGAUGAACUCUAGUUUGAUGCCUGAUGGUGCCACAAAACUUUUGCUUGUGAAGAGUCUUUGGAACGAAGGUAAGUUUAGAGAGGCAGCUUUUGUAGAAGAGCGGACUGUGUUGAUAAAUGCUGCUCUUCCACUUGCAUUUGGCUGUCAUUCGUACAGUGUUAGCUCUACAGAUCUCACAAGAGUUCGCAACAUUUACUCUGACAGCUUUGCAACCAAUUGUGAGAAUAGUGAAUCAAUUGAUGUAUCGAACCUGUAAUAUGAUACAAUGCUGGUACUGUCAGCUUCAUAACAACGCGAUAACAUUAUCUCUUUUAAGUUGGGCGUAUUCUGUUUUCUCCCUGAAUUCUUGAAUAAUUUGAAAUAUGAACAGUGAACGACUUUCGUCUUUGGCA